AGAGUGUUUCGGUGCAGCCUGUGCAGUGUCAGGAGGGGACAGCAAGUUCGGCUGGCAAUGAAGGGACAUCUCUCCACUCAGCUGCUUUGGUUUCUCCUCUUUCUUCGGGACACCAUGGGUGCUGAUGAGCUGAGGCUGGUGAAUGGAAGCAGCCCCUGUGCCGGGAGAGUGGAGGUUAAACACCAGGAGCAGUGGGGGACAGUGUGUGAUGAUGGCUGGGGUAUGGCAGCUGCUGGGGUUGUCUGUAAGCAGUUGGGAUGUGGAGUUGCUCUCAGUGCCCAUUUGUAUGCUCAUUUUGGAGAAGGAUCUGGACAGAUAUGGCUGGAUAACACUGUCUGUCGUGGUAAUGAGUCUGCUGUCUGGGCAUGCGAACACAACAGUUGGGGUGAUCAUGACUGCGACCAUAGAGAGGAUGCUGGAGUGACCUGUUCAGGACGCCUUGAGCCCCAGCUGAUUGGAGGGAACACUGCCUGCUCAGGACGAGUUGAAAUAAGACAUGGAGACACAUGGACCACAGUCUGUGAUUCACACUUAGACCUCAAAGCUGCCAGUGUUAUCUGUAAAGAAUUAGACUGUGGAACAGUUGUAUCCACACCAGGAGGAGCGCACUUCAGCAAAGGAUAUGGGUCAAUCUGGUCUGAGAAGAUCCAUUGCAUGGGGAAUGAAACACGCCUUGUGUACUGUCCCAGAGCACUGCAUCCUAAUGAGACAUGUUCACACUCGAGUGAUGCCAGCAUUGUAUGCUCAGGGUACGGUGGGUACAGGCUGACAAAUGGCAGCACAAGGUGUUCGGGGAGAGUGGAGCUUCUCCACGGAGGCAUCUGGGGAACCCUCUGUGACUCCCAGUGGGAUUUGCAGGCUGCCCACACCCUCUGCCAGCAGUUUGACUGUGGAUUCGCCAUGUCGAUUCCAGCAGGGCAGCUCUUUGGCACAGGAGAUGGGUAUGUCUGGAACGGCACAUUUGGCUGUGAGAGAAACGAAUCCCGCCUGAGGGACUGUCCUGUUACUGCGCUAGGCACAACUGAGUGUCCCCCUGGGAGUGAAGCCAGUGUAGUGUGUUCAGGGUGCUCAGACGGCAGGUUAGUGAACGGCACCGAGUGCUCUGGGAGAGUAGAGAUCCGGCAUGGAGUCACAUGGGGAAGCCUCUGUGCCUCCCACUGGGAUUUGCAAGAUGCCAACUUCCUCUGCCAUCAGCUGAACUGUGGAUAUGCCAAGUCUAUCCAGGGAGGAGCUCAUUUCGGGGAAGGGAGUGGAACCGUAUGGAGCGACACUUUUCAUUGUGAAGGGACUGAAUCCUGCCUGUGGGAUUGUUCUCGCAUGGCCCUGGGCAACCCAGCCUGCUCCCCUAGAGACACGGCCAGGGUUAUUUGCUCAGGUCGUUCUGAGUCACUCAGGCUGUUGAAUGGAGAGAGCCAGUGUGAUGGCAGAGUCGAGAUUUCCCUCCAUGAUGUGUGGGACAGGGUGUUGGAUGAUCAGUGGGACAUGAACGAUGCCAGCGUGGUGUGCAGGCAGCUCCAGUGUGGAGUUGCUGAGAAAGCUUAUAACCCUCCUAAGUCUGAGCGAGGAACGGGCCCUGUGGGGCUGAGAAGGGUCCAGUGUGCAGGAAAUGAGACUCGUCUGACUCUCUGUGACAACUCCACAUCUGAGACAGCCCAGGCAGGAAUUGCUGAGGAUGUCGGUGUAAUUUGUUCAGGAAGCAGGCGGAUCAGACUGGUGAAUGGGACAGGUCGCUGUGCCGGGAGAGUGGAGAUUUAUUACAAUGGCAGCUGGGGGACAGUCUGUGAUGAUUCCUGGGAUCUGUCAGACUCGAAUGUAAUUUGCAAACAACUGGGAUGUGGACAUGCCAUCAAUGCAACUAUCUCCGCUCAUUAUGGGCAAGGAUCCGGGCAGAUCUGGCUGGAUGAUGUGAACUGCUCUGGGAAUGAAUCUGAUCUCUGGGCCUGUCCUUCCAGGGGCUGGGGCCAGCACAACUGCAGACACAAAGAGGAUGCAGGAGUUCUCUGCUCAGAAUUCACAGAUCUGAGGCUGGUGAGUGACAGUGACUGUGCUGGACGGCUGGAGGUUUUCUACAAUGGGACAUGGGGCAGUGUUUGCUCCAAUGGGAUGCCUGGAGUCACUGCAGCAAUUGUCUGCAAACAAUUGAACUGUGGAGACGGAGGGCAGAUAGCAAGAGACUUUGCAUAUGGAGAAGGUUUUGGUCCCACGUGGCUGGACCAUGUUGCAUGCAGUGAGCAGCACAGAUUCCUUUGGCAGUGCCCAUCAGGCAUGUGGAAACAGCAGUCCUGUGAUAACCGUGCAGAAGAGACCCAUAUUUCUUGCAGUGGAAUAAAACAAAAAACAUCUCAGACCUUCUUUGCUGAAUGCCCGAAUUCUACAAGCUGCACAGGUAUCUCUGCUUCUCACUGUCUCACUCUUGGUCCCUAAGGACUUUCCCAGCUGUCUCAAUAACAUUGAGGUUUCUGCAUUUCCAGACCAGGAGAAGUUACAUGUCGUGGGAGGAGAGGACAGAUGCUCGGGCAGAGUGGAGAUUUGGUACCGUGG